GUGAACUUAUCACCUGGUCAAGUCAACGCUUUCAUCUGGUGUCUUCUCAUCGGUUUCACGGGAUGGCUGCUGCACUGGCUUCUCGCCUACGUCUCUUUAUGGCGGCGAGGGAACCAGUUCCCGGGUCCCAAGGGUCACUUCCUCUGGGGAAACACGGCAGAGCUCUUGGGAGCUGGAAGCAUCACUGACCUUAUUGCAAGGCUUCACUCGGAGUACGGUCCCGUUGUAAGGCUCUGGAUGAGCCCGACGAAGCUGCUUAUAUCGAUUCGCGACCCCGCGCAGGUUCGCAAAGUGCUUAUGCGAGCUCUUGAACGACCUCCUGCCUUCAGCCGAAUCAUGGCUCGCUGUUUUGGAGCGGAUUCCACUCGCUUCUCGUCCCUCAUGCAGCCGCGGGCUCGCAGGUCCUUCUUAGAUUACCACUGCCAUACCACACUCAAGUUUCAGGUUCACGAGGUGACGUCAACUGUCGUUCACAUGACGUCACGCCACUGGACGUCCGUGGCCGGGUCUGGCGGGGAGAUCGACGUGGGUGGUGUAGCUAGGGAUAUGGCGGUUGGUGUACUCGGCGGUUCUCUUUUUGGUAGCGGGUUUCCUAUGUCGAGGAUCCACGCUCGCUUACAGGGUCUAUUGGAGAAGGUAGCUGCAGGAUCUCAGAAGUUUUCGCGGUUCCCAGUCGAGCCGUUCUGGCUUCCGUCGUAUUGGCUGUUUUCCCGCGUUUGCGACGAGUUUCGCGAAGUUAUGCGAAGGCUCAUGUCAGGCGAAUGCGAGGGCGUCAAGUGCGGGUUACCCGACGUUGGCGUUGCCAAUUUCAGCAGCUCAGGCUUCAACGUGGGAAACUCCGGAUGCGAAGGGAAUGAAGCCGAACAGAGCCCUGUUGCUGCCGCUGCUGCUGCUGCUGCUGCUCCUUCUAGUGGUGUUGGUCUUGUUUCCAGCGUCAACACCGGUUCUGCUGUUGAUGCUGCUGCUGGUUCCGGUGCCGUUCCCCCCAUUUCCCCCCGGCGCCGAGUCAUGGCGCAAGAAGCGCCUCACGAGGGUUUUCUCUCGGCCAUGCUGUCGGAACUGUCCCGUUAUGGUGAACCCCUUUAUAACGAGGCGACAGCAUUGGCCGAAGCCGCCUCCCUUAUGCUUCACGGCCAUCUCUCGGUUCCAGGGCUGUUGGAGCGAGUUCUCGUCGCGCUCGCCGCACACCCCGAUACACAGGACAAAGUCGUACAGGAAAUCCGCGCUGUAGCGAGUGGCGGGUCGCCUACUGACGAGGAUCUGCAGAAACUGGCUUAUCUCAACGCGGUUAUAUACGAGACGUCCCGCUUAAUGCCGUGUCAGCCGCUAGUCACUAGGUGCGCGCUCUCCGAGAAUAUACGUCUGCCUGUCUCUCCGUCAGCUCAGUUUGGUAGCAGCAGCGACGGAGGGUUUCGUUCUGCGAGUGAGGGCUCUUCUUGUGGGGAAAUGCAUGGAGAUGUGCGCGGAGAUGUGCAGGGCAGUGUGGGUGCUGACGACACGCAGUUUCUUUCGGUUCCUUCUGGGACCGUUUUGGCGCUGCCCAUGCACCUCCUGCAAACGGAUUCUUCGUUUUGGGGCGACGACGCUUUGGAAUUCCGCCCCGAGCGCUUCAUUCGGUUCCGAAUGCAGCAGGAGAAGAACGACAGUGAUGAACAGGAAGGGAAGGAAGGGAAGGCAGAGAAGCGAGGGAGGGAAAGGAAGGAAAGCAAGGGAGGCAAGGGAGACAAGGGAGGAGAGGUGGAGCAGAAAGGAGACAGGGAAGGCGACGGGGAGGAAGGGGGAAAGUGGAAGGAAGGGUUACUGCCAGGGCGAGACUACGAGUGUGUGCCUCCAGAGCAGGGGGAACAUUUCCUCAUGUUCGGAGGCGGGCCGAGGUCAUGCGUGGGGCUGCGAUUCUCCUUCAAGAUCGUGCGUGCAGUCGUGGCGCUGCUGCUGCACCAGUUCGAGAUCUCCCUGUCGCCCGAUAUGCCCUACGCCUUCUCCUCCCAGCUCCACAGCCUGGCCCUCCACCUCUCUCCCUCCCCAAGAAUCCGAGUCUCCAUGCGCACGCCCAUCCCUACUAUGGACCCAAGCGACACUGAUGCUCCAGCUGACGAUGACCUCACUGCAAGUUUUUAG